AUGGGUUUUCUCUCAAAACCUGUUCCCAAUUUCUUCCUGUAUUUGCUUUUGUUCUUCUUCAGUCUUCAGCUCAUCAUCCCACUUGCUGAAUCUGCUACUGAUAUCACCUCCUUGGUCUACAAGGGCUGUGCAAAGCAGACCUUUUCAGAUCCAACUGGGGUUUACUCUCAAUCCCUCUCAGCCCUUUUUGGGUCUUUGGUUCAACAGUCCACCAAGGCCAAGUUUUUCAAAACCAACUCUGGCAGUGGCCAAACCACCAUCUCUGGUCUCUUUCAAUGCAGAGGGGACCUCAGCAAUUCCGACUGUUACAACUGUGUGAGCAAAUUGCCACAAAUGUCUGAUAAUCUCUGUGGCAAAACCAUUGCUGCUAGGGUUCAGCUGAUUGGGUGCUACAUGCUCUAUGAAAUCUCUGGUUUUGCCCAAAUUUCAGGCAUGGAAAUGUUGUUCAAGACUUGUGGGGGAACAAAUAUUGCUGGAAGUGGGUUUGAAGAGAGAAGGGACACUGCCUAUACAGUGUUGGAGAACGGUGUUGUGAGUGGCCAUGGCUUCUAUACAACAAAUUACCAACAAGUUUAUGUCUUGGGGCAGUGCCAAGGAGAUGUGGGAGACUCGGAUUGUGGUGAGUGUGUGAAGAAUGCUGUGCAGAGAGCUCAGGUUGAAUGUGGGAGUGCCAUUUCAGGCCAAAUCUAUCUCCACAAGUGCUUUCUUAGCUAUAGUUAUUACCCAAAUGGGGUUCCCAGGAGAUCCUCCUCAUCUUCAUCAUCAUCUUCUUCAUCUUCAUCAGGGUCAGGAAAUACAGGGAAGACAGUGGCUAUCAUUUUGGGAGGAGCAGCUGGAGUUGGGUUUCUAGUCAUAUUUUUGUUGUUUGCCAGAAAUUUGAUGAAGAAGCAUGAUGAUUAUUGA